CCAAACACUGUGCACAGCUGCUAGCUCAAGAAGCAUAGUAAAGAAAGAGGCCCGGGCCUGUCGUGCCGGAGAGUAUUUUGUAAAGGUGGAGUUGGUAUUUAGGCAUUUUCCGUCACUUUGUUUGUCCAUCUUUCGCAACUGAUUUCCCCUGAGGUUGUCCUCAUGGUUUGAUUGAAAACUGACCAAAAGGUAUGCUGUGAUUGUCAAGUAACCGGAGCUAGCUUAGCUUAGCUGCCGAGUCGCCGCUGUAGCACAGGGCGUGAUUCGAGUAAAGUGAGGUGAUUGUUUUGAUGAGUGUGGUGUCAAGACCAGAGGCACCAUGAGUGCAGAGGUGGAUGCACUAACUGUGGUGAAUCAGCUGCGAGACCUUGCUGCAGAUCCCCUCAACCGAAGAGCCAUAGUUGAAGAUCAUGGCUGUUUGCCAGGUCUCAUCCUGUUUCUAGAUCAUCCAAACCCACAGGUUGUCUACUCUGCACUACUGGCCGUGCGCUACCUGGCAGAAUGUCGAGCCAACAGAGAGAAGAUGAAGGGCGAACUGGGCAUGAUGCUGAGUUUGCAGAAUGUCAUGCAGAAGAGUACAUCCCCAGGAGAGACCAAACUUCUUGCCUCUGAGAUCUAUGAGAUUCUGCAGUCAGCUGGAAAAGAAGAGGCCGAACAAGCCGAGGCAGAUGCAGCCUCCUGUCGGCGUAAAGCUCAGUUCUUCCUGGGCUCCAAUAACAAGAGGGCCAAAACCGUGGUGCUGCACAUCGAUGGACUUGAUGACUCUACUCGCAGGAGCCUUUGUGAGGAGGCCUUGCUGAAGAUCCGAGGGGUCAUCAGCUUCACCUUCCAGAUGGCUGUCAAGAGAUGUGUUGUCAGGAUUCGCUCUGACCUUAAAGCUGAGGCUUUGGGCACAGCAAUCAAAUCCACCAAAGUAAUGAUAGCUCAGCAGGUGGUGAAGACAGAGGAUGGAGAUGAGCUCAUGGUUCCAUUCCAGGAGGACUCGGCGGUGCUGGUGGAGGAGAACACAGACAUCCCAGACUACCUGCCUGAAGAGGAGAGUCCGUCCCAGGAGCAGGACAAGGCUGUGACCCGUGUAGGUUCUAUCACAGACGGCAUGGGCUGGCUCAGCACAGCUGCCAACUUCCUGUCUCGUUCCUUUUACUGGUGACCACUUCUUGUGUUCGCUGCUCCCCAUUAUUCCCCAGAGUACCAUCCAGCUACAGCCUUAGUGUCUCAGAGCCUCUGCCCAGACUAAGCCCUGCCUCACGGUCCCACACUACACUAGACUCCCCUCUGCGCCGCACACAAAGCCCUUCUGUGUGUGCAACAAGUGCUAGACUGCCAAGUGGAAACUGCAAUAACUUUAACUUGUGUAUAUAUUGAGCUACAGAUCUCACCACUGGCUGUAUGUGCACAACUAUAUUCUAGUUGCAUAUGUAUCUCUCAAGACAUAGCCAGAGGACUUUGAAUCAGCCGAAACCAAAUAGCAAUCUGCAAAUUUUUGUAUUGCUGUGUUGACAGAGGCUGAUGAUGCAUAUUUUUUUAAAUUGGGAGACCCUUUUUCUGCAUGAGUUCGCUUCUCCCCUGUUGUCUAUUACCAAUCACUGUUCCUAUACUUUAUAUUUUUUGUUCUAUAUUUUCCUAAAUAAGCUGAUCAUAUUUUUUGUUCCCUCUCUUGAGGUUCUUUUCCUUUUAUAGCAUGCUACAAGUCUUUUGUGCCAAUCUUGCCUGAUGCCUACAUCUGUAAUUUCCUUUUUUUGCGUGUGCCUUUUUUCCAUUUACCUGUAAUAUAUUAUUUAUUCAUCAGUUUAACUCAAUUUCCGAGCAUGUCACAUGUGACGUUUGUGCUUCCCAGGUGACCAUUCACAACAUUAGCAGGCCUCUCAGCUCAUAGCCCAGUGACAGAGGGCAGUUCUGUAGAAUUACACACCAGCAAGACGCUGCAGUCCAUACAGCCACAGACUCACAUGCAGCACCAUUGGACUGUUUGCUCACAAGGGGAAUAGCCCCCUUCAUUUUAUUUAGACAUUUCCAUCCUAAACUCAUCUGUUGACACUACAGUGCAGGAAAUAUUUCUGUGAGUUCUUGUUGUGGUGACAAAUGGACUAACAGCUCCUUGUGGGAAUUGCACAGAAUUUAGGCUACCUCUACUUUCAGCCUAUCUAUCUCACUAUCUCACAUCAGCAUCAUCAUCUGUAGUUUUAACCCAAUAUUUCAUCAGCAUGAGGAGAACAGACCUAAAUGCCUGCUUGUCCAAUACGCCCCAGUGUUACAAGGAAUCACUUUUUUUAAGUGUUGUAGCCGCACCUGUUCAGUUUAGUAUCUCAGUUAAGCCAGCAGUGUCCUUAAAGCAGAGAUCAUGUUGGUGCAUGCUUACUAAUGCUGCCAUAUGAGCAGUAGUGGUAUCCUCCCAGCAGGCGUGUGGUCAUGUACAUUUUGUAAAUGGUGCCUGAUACCUAACAAUCUCAGACCUUACACAUGAAGAAAAAUUAUGUUCUGUUUUCAUAACGCUCGUUUGCGUCUUUAGGUCUCAAAAUCUGAAUGAAAAGGAUGUAGCAGCUAAUGCUAGCACCCUUACUAAAUUGUUUUUUCCUGAUUCUGUGGCCCAUACAAUCCCGUGUCUCACUUCACUUCAGGUUUAAUUAUUAUCUCAUGUGAUUUGAGUAAGUAUCAUUAAUGAUCAUCAUAUACAAUGCUGACUGGGCAGCAUUUUUUGUUUUGGUGGUGCGGAGACGUCACAGUAUGUUGAAGUCAAAUGGAGAGGGGGGAGUGGCACAGAAUGAACUGGAUAACCUGAAUGACUGAUGGUGGUUCUCUGAAAAAGCAAUAAUACUUUUUUUUUUUUUCAUGAAAUGUAGGAAAAUAAUUCAGCAUUAGCCUCCAAAACAAGUCAUAAAUACAUGUGUAGAUAAUCAGUAUUAAACUUAGGAAUUUAUUCUUCUUUUUCUCACUUUACACAAAAAUUAAUCUCUUAAAUUGCAUCUUGCAGUGUCAUUUUAAUGUGUUCGGCUCAGAUUACAAAUUAAGAAUACUUGAACGUUGUUUCUUAGACCUGUCAUUAUGUGUUAAUGAAAGUGUAAAUUCCCCUUUAAGGUUAGAUUUAUCAUGUAUGUAAGAUGGACAUGUCCGCAAAAUGUAACUUCAUGUGUACAGACUUCAUGUAUCAUCAAAUGUAAUAUAAUGUAAUGCAGACUGUAGAUUCCCGUACACUGUUAAUGCAAAUAAUGAUAAACAUAAAAUCAAAAAGUC